AUGAGGCAUGCCCAGGCUGCUGCUGCCACACGCUCGGCCACCAAGGAAUCGUCAAUGGUAAGUGCAGGCAAUUAUUUAACCCUAUCUCAAGCCGCUAUUACUGGUAUAUGCGCUCGCCUCGGGGCCAUUGAAGCAAGCAUCCAGCAGAUGCGUCAGAUGGACACGAGGCCGACCGUGUCGGUGUUGCCAACAAACACCCUGCCGUCGCCCUUAGAACGCAUGUCGGACUUUGAUAUAUUUGAACAAAAUAUCCUCAGGGACGACUAUCGUCAGGAAACGGUAAUAUCUCUAAUUUGAUUUACUUUCACUUUCAGAUGGCCUACCUACAAACGGUGGGCGGCAACACGGUCCGGGAGUUUGUCAAACGACAGUUGAGGUCGUUAUUCGCCAAUUCCCUCCUACCGGGAUUUAACCUCAACGGAAGAUAUUCCAAACGCAACUUCCGCCAGACCAACACUUACAUGAUGCUACAAGGUAGGCACAAAUUAACGCAUACUAAUUCACUUCUAUGUAGAUGUAUACAAUCGAUGGAGCGCAGGUCGGCCGUUUACCCUGCUGGAUUUUGAGAAGUCCAUACGCAGCAUAUUGAAGUCCGCGGUGACCGCCGCCUCUGUGCAUCGUCGACGACAGGGCGAUCCCGAAUAA